CACAAAGGACUGGAUGGAGAGAACAAUGACAGGAAAAUAAAAUAAACACUGUGAGGGAAGAAGAAGAAGGAGAGAGAGAGAAAACAAUAAGUAUAAGAGAGAGAAAAGCAGGUAGGAUGGACGGAACGAGAUAAUGAAUGAAGGAUAGUCAUCAUCCGUUAUCUCGCUCCUUCCUGGGACGAGGAGGAAAAGGAAAAUGAAAAAUGUGAAUCAAACAAAGUGAGUUGUAAAACUAGAGCGAGUUAAAAAGCCGGAAGUCUUUAACAACCGGAAACUGUUUCAGGCGUUCGCGGCGAGCAGGACGGAGGUGGUUUGUGGUGACGCUGAUGCACUUUUGUCGUUUGAAGGAGGAAGCAGAUUGUUUCGUUUGCAAAAAGCUGAAUGUAAGAUGUGAGAGGAGAUGCUGAUGAAGAGCUCCGCCGGCGCCGAGUCGUCCUCUGCAGCUCUCAAAGUCAAAGUCACGACUUUUGAUCGUCGGCUGAACUUGAACUUGUCCGGAUGCAGAGGAGCCUGGGACAGCAUAGCAUGCUGGGAGCCGGCCGAAGUCGGCGAGGUCGUCACCAUCGCGUGUCCGAGAGUCCUCAGGACCGUGUUCGGCAGAACUGGUAACAUCAGCAGGAACUGCACGUCGGCAGGAUGGUCGGACGUCUUCCCCAACAUCAACAGCGCGUGCGGGUCGGACAUCGUCCAGGACAAGCUCGUCUUCUACAUGGUGGUGCAGACGUUGUACACUCUGGGUCACAGUCUGUCGCUGAUCGCCCUCACCACGGGCAGCGCCAUCCUCUGUCUGUUCCGGAAGCUGCACUGCACCAGGAACUACAUCCACCUCAACCUCUUCUUCUCCUUCAUCCUGAGAGCCGUGGCCGUGCUGGUGAAAGACGACAUCCUCUUCAACAGAACCUCGCAGUGCUCCAGCCAGCCGUCACUGGUGGGAUGUAAAGCCAGCCUGGUGUUCUUCCAGUACUUCAUCAUGGCCAACUUCUUCUGGCUGCUGGUGGAGGGCCUGUACCUCCACACGCUGCUCGUCGUCAUCUUCUCCGAGAACAGACACUUUAUCGUCUACAUGUUCAUCGGCUGGGGAAUCCCCACCGUGUUCGUCUCUGCGUGGGUGCUGACGAGGAUCUACCUGGAGGACACGGGGUGCUGGGAGACGAACGACAACCCCGUACCUAACUGGGUGAUCAAUGGACCGAUCGGAUUCUCCAUCACGGUGAACUUCAUCCUGUUCAUCAGCAUCAUUCGGAUCUUGAUUCAGAAGCUGAGGUGUCCCGACGUGGGCGGCAACGACCAAUCACAAUACAGGCGGCUGGCCAAAUCCACUCUCCUGCUGAUCCCUCUGUUUGGGAUCCACUACGUGGUCUUCGUCUCUCUCAGCGAAUCCAUCACAGAACACUAUAAAGUCUUCUUCGACUUGGCCCUCGGAUCCUUUCAGGGUCUGGUGGUGGCCAUCCUGUACUGCUUCCUCAACUGUGAGGUUCAAGGCGAGCUGAAGAGGAAGUGGCGGAGUAUGUGUCUGAACUGCCGCCUGAGCCGAGACCGCCACUACAACAGCACCUUCGCCUCCAGGAACGGGUCAGAGCACAUGGUGCAGUUUCACCGCAACUCUCGAACGCAGUCCAUCCUGCAGUCGGAGACCACGGUGCUGUGAGGACCCGACGGACCCUUUAAAAGAAUCAAUCAGACAGUCUGCAGGUGGACCUGGAUCGAACAGUGUUACGGGUGAUUUUAACACAAAGUAACACAUGGGUGGGGAUCAAUACAAGCAUUCAAACUGUACCUGAAGUGGACCUGAAGUGGUUCUGAUCACCAUCCAGAGUCCAGAAUCCAGUGAAGUGGCUGCACCCAUCUGAUACUUGUUAAAAUCACCGCAUCAUGAAUGGAUUCUGACCCUGAUCGGCUCCUGAGCCCUGCUCGUCUGGGCUUCUGGUAAACAGGGGUGUUUUGUUGUUGUCGUUGUUGUUGUUGUUGUUUUUUUACUGAUCCAGAACCUGAACUGUUCUGACACACUGCAUCGUUUUCAGUGGAUAUUUAAUGAACUGCUGUCAUCGAGAAGUGCUGUGCAUGCUCCACACCCGCCUGUGCUUCGACUGUUUUGACGCCGCCGCUGUCGUGAUGAAGAAAAUGCAGGUCGCUCAGACCGAAGACGAGUUCGUGUCCGACGGGAACUUCUGCUGAGAUCCGGUGACAAAACCGCCGACACCUGAUUUGUUGACAGGCUUCAUUCAAACGGUUCCAGCGAGAAGAGAGCACAGGACGCAUUUCACAGAUUUGUUUUUGUGCAGUGUCGAGGGCAGGACUGAGGGAGUGGGAAGCCAGUGAGGGAUCACAUCCCACAGAGACGUGUGCUGAUCUACACUGCAUGCUUCUGAAAACACAAAAUAAUGGAACAAAAACCGUCAAAUCAAAGUCUUCUGUAAAGGAGGUCUGUUAAUACGAACCCACACCUCGCUGCUGCUGCUGCUGCUGCUGCAGGUUUUUCAUCCACUCCCACCUGCCUGUGUAGCCAGUUUGAUCACUCCCACCUGAAUUUCUGUUUUCUUUUCUAAAAUCCUUUCUGCCCCAUCCCACAGGGGAACAUAAGACCCUUCUAAGACUGAGGAAUGUUUUUAAUCCCAGGGAAUGCAAAUUCUCGAGAUUUGGUUCAGUAAGCCAAAUCUUAAAAGACUUUGGACUGAAAAAUAAAAAAAUAAUACAUGUUGAACGCAGCUACGAGGAGGUGCUGAAACUGUCUCAGUUUAAUACCGACCUACACGAGCGAAUGAAACCAUCAGCGUGGAAGACUAGCUGCUUCUAUAAAGUUAUUCUUUGUGUGAUUUCCAGCUAAAUAUCAUCACCAGGGACCCAGAAAAUGUCUCCAUGCAGCUCAUGAUUCAAGUCUACGGAAGAUGUGAGAUCUGUCAUCAUCUUUAGCAUCAGAGCUACUAAGCUAACAGCGUUAACUCACCCUUGUUCCGAUAUGGGUCUGCAUGCUCGACUGCAAUCGGAGACGUGGAAUAAAACUUGACAGCAAAUCGAUUAUUGGUCGCAGCUCAAACCAUCAGUUUUGUUCGGUGUGACCAGAAGUGUCUUAAAAACACGGAUCAGUGGAAACAUGUUGAGAGUUCGUCUCGACAUGUUUUUUCACUCUCAUCGGUCACCAGUGACAGCAGAAGUUCCAGGUGGAUACAGGAGAAGAAAAUAACUUUACUUAUUAAUGAGAUGAAUAUUUGUGUUUCCUCAUACAGACGGUGUUACGCAGCAGUUGCAUGAUGCUCUUCAGUGUUUUGCCUUUUCUUUCUUCGCUGCUGAUAAACGGCUGAUGUCAGUUUACUUGUCAAAUCUGAUGUACAUUUUGUGAGAUAACAAGAAAAAAAAAAAAAGCUUGCUUUGUUGUGCAAAUGUUUGUCUUUUAACAUGUUGUAUUUAACUGUCACCACGAGACUAAAAAAGAGAUCCUGGUGACACUUGACUCGAGGCAUACAGAAGAGUUUAUAUGUCACAUUUUCACACCGCUGAUUAUGAAUUAUUCACCAGCUUUAACAAAACAAAAUUCCCAACCGUUAGAUUGUCUGAGAGCAGGAGAAUAAUUGAAAGUCGCACGUUUUAGAUGAUUAUAUUAAAGAAACACACGACCAGUCGUCUUUUUCAAAGCAGCUGUAACAAAUACACAUUUAGAUUAUCUAAUCAAAUCAAACGGAAGCAAAUAAGGAAAUCAGUUUUACCAAGUUUGGUCAUUUAUGUCAACAUCAAGGAUCCUGAAAUCUUAUAGAUACACUUGAGCAUCGUUUGCAUAACAGACAGAAAAAACUCAGAGAAUAAGGUUUAAAUAUACUUUUAAAGAGGUCAUAUUAUUCAAAUUGUUCAGGCUUCAACAGAAUAUCUUUAAGUAAUUUAAAUUUCGGAAAACGCAUUCUCUGCAACCCGUUUCACACGAGGCAGAGCAGGGCGGGUCAGUGCCGAGCAAGGUAGUGUGAUCUAAAAUAACACAGCUGCAGCAGUUUCUCUUAUUUUUUAAACAUGCACGGAGGAUGUGGGUGACGAAACAUACGGUGAAUUUCAUCACCUGUUCAGAGAGAAAAGAGCGACAGUGACGUCACCAGCACCUUUCUGACCAUGUUUGAUAUUUAUUUUCAACUCGAAGGGCUUCAGCAGCUGCAAAAAAAAUAAGCUAAGCACUCUGAAGAAAGAAUUCACCGCGCUUUUUCUUCAGGAGUUCUGCAGAUAAGACGUGGGACGAGAACGCAGCACUGUGAAAUUAUGUUACAAACAUAUCUAAACAUAUAUAUCAGAGGUUUUUCAGAAGAAGUUGGUCAUUUCCAUUGUUUGGUUUCUAGAAGUGAAAGAAUGAAACUGAAAAGGCGACUUACAUUUGUUAUUUUUUAACAGAAGAAGUUAGAAAUCUCCAAAUAUUUACAUUAAAGAUACUAAAUUAUUAGAUAUUUAUUGUAUAAAAAGACUCAACCACUUGUUUAUUAAUCAUCUGUCCGUUCACAAAUGACUCGACUGUUCCAGCUCUGAGUCUUCGGUGUCGUCUGGCUGUAUGCCUUAAGAGAAGUGUUACCAAAUAUAUCACGAACACGAAGUCAGCACGACUGUAUCGUGAGACAUCUGACUACGAGCGGCGGAGGGCGUCUUUUACUCAACAUGUGUAUUUGUACAGAGACACCAUGAAUGUCACGCAAAGAAAAUGAUUGCUAAAUUGAUCUUUGUGAGCAUUGUGCUGUGUGAAUGUAACUCUCCUCCUCAUUAAAAGCUGCGAUGUGUAGAGGAUCUACUGUGGACACGCUUCCUACGACGACAUGAUUUAUAUUUCGAACGCUACGUGAAGUUAAAAGUGAUUAAAAAGGUCAAAGUUGC